CAAACCUAUCGUCUCUCUCUAUUGAAACCUUAAAAAUGCCUCAUUUUGCACUGCAAAGUACGCUGAAAAUCUCGUCCCCUUCUCCGUUUUGGUGAUCCCGAGAAGUUCACUCUCAAAAAAUCAAAGCUUAAAUUUCGGAUCUUUAACAAAGCUGUCUCCUCGAGGAGACGACGACGAUGAGCAGCAGAGAUCAUCAACAUCCACCCGAGCCUCUCGAUUUCUUCAUCUGGACUGUUGAGGAUGUUGGAUCUUGGCUUGAGGAGAUAAACCUUGGAAGCUACCGACUGAUUUUCAAAGAAAACGGCGUCAAUGGAGAAUAUCUAGAAAGCAUGUCUGUGUUUACAACGGAACAGAUCCUUCACUUCAUUAGGAGGCAUCACAUGAAAUGGGGAGACUUCAUCACCCUCUGUAAAGAACUCAGAAGGAUUAAAGUGGCUUGCUUGAAAGGUGAGCAGAGAGUUCGACGGCCAUGGUGGGCACCGUCUUGUCUAUCAGUAGUCUUUGUUAAGGCGGCUAAGCGCAACCGACAGUCUCGAGUUGUAUCUUUAAAGCUUGAAUCUUGACAAUUGAUAUUACACUUUGGAUGUUUAUGUACGUUCUUGUCUCUCUUCUUUUCCUUUUUUUUUUUUGGUUUGUUUGUGGAGAUAAAAGCCACAUAUGCACUAGGAAGAAACAAACUGGAGCCAAAAAUGCUGUUUAGCUUGGUAAAAUCUUGCAAGGAGGAAAAAAAUAUAGUUUUGUACUUUGGUUGUAUACAAUGCUUGCUCUCAGAUGUUUA